CUGUGAGCCACGCCUCUCGACAAGCGAACAGAACUGGGGUUGUUUUCAGCUGAGAAUUUUUUCUUUUGCGGUCGCUUUCUGUUGUAUUGUGCAUUUUAAAAACAUUUCACGGACGGAGCGUUUUAUUGAGCGCUGUGCAUGAGUGACCGACACUGCACGCGCGCACGUGUUUUAGUGCUGCUGUUGUUUUAAGUUGAUGCCUGUUUUUCUUUUGGUGGAAAUUCGCGGACAAACCUUAACAACUCGACGAGCUAGCUAAGCUACUGGCAGGAGGUGUUGGUGCCCUCUGAGUAUGAGUUCAUAAUGAAGCGCCGCUUGGAGGAUCCGGAAGCGGUCUUUGUGGCGCAGCAGCGCCGGCUCCCGGGAAGCACUGAGGGCUUCCAGCACAGGGUUCUGGCCCCGGCGCCAGCAGUGUAUGAGGCUGUCGCUGACAACAUGCAGCCCACCACUGGCACCCAGUAUCCUGUACCCCAGGGAUACCAGGUUCCCACUGUGGCUCAGACUUCUGGGAGUCAUGGACAUGGUCCGAGUCCUGCUGUACACAGCAGCUCUCACCACCACAGUCCUGCUGUGCAGCCUCAUGGCCCUGCCUUGGUCCAGGGUCAUGCACACCCUCCCAACCCCACUGCCUCUGCACAGGGACAGCAGCAGUUCCAGAGACUUAAGGUGGAGGAUGCACUCUCAUAUUUGGACCAAGUGAAACUGCAGUUUGGAAGUCAACCACAAGUUUACAAUGAUUUUUUGGACAUCAUGAAAGAGUUUAAGUCUCAGAGCAUUGACACACCAGGCGUCAUCAGUAGAGUGUCUCAGCUAUUUAAGGGUCAUCCUGACCUUAUCAUGGGGUUCAAUACCUUCCUGCCACCUGGAUACAAGAUUGAGGUGCAGACUAAUGACCUGGUGAACGUUACCACACCUGGUCAGAUCCACCAUAUUACACCUCAUGGCAUCUCAGUGCAGAAUAUCCCCCCAACUCCACACCAGAGCCAGUUACCUGCCCCAGUCUCCAGCGGAGCAGCCCCUCCCCCUACCCAGCCCUCUCAAAAAAGCAAGCCAUUGCAGUCUCCUGCAUUAACCCCGAGCAGUCAGCCCAAUCCGUCCAUUCCGCCCUAUGCCUCGCCCCGCUCGCCACCCCCGCAGCCCCACACCCCUGUGAGCAGCACCCCUAAUGCCCCUCCUCUUCAAAACAACCAGCCUGUGGAGUUCAACCAUGCCAUCAACUAUGUCAAUAAAAUCAAGAACCGCUUCCAAGGUCAGCCAGACAUCUACAAAGCCUUCCUGGAGAUCCUGCACACAUACCAGAAGGAGCAGCGUAAUGCUAAAGAGGCUGGUGGGAACUACACCCCGGCUCUGACAGAGCAGGAGGUGUACGCUCAAGUGGCACGGCUCUUCAAGAACCAGGAGGACCUGCUCUCUGAAUUUGGCCAGUUCCUGCCAGAUGCCAACAGCUCUGUGCUUUUGGGUAAAACGACAGCAGAGAAAGCAGAAUCUGUUCUGAAUGAUCAUGGAAGCACAGUGAAGAAGCCGCAGCUUAAUAACAAGCAAAGGCCAAACCAGAAUGGUUGCCAGAUUCGCAGACAUACUGCUCCUGGAUCCACUCCACCUGUGAAGAAAAAGCCCAAGUUACUGAAUCUGAAAGACUCUUCUGUGGCAGAGGCCAGCAAAGUUGGCACAGAGUCUUUAUUCUUUGAAAAGGUGCGGAAAGCUUUGCGAAGUGCAGAGGCCUACGACAACUUUUUGCGGUGCUUAGUCGUAUUUAACCAGGAAGUGAUUUCCCGCGCUGAGCUGGUGCAACUGGUGCUGCCAUUUUUGGGGAAGUUCCCAGAAUUGUUCACCUGGUUUAAGAAUUUUCUGGGCUACAAGGAGAUAUCCCACCUGGAGAGCUACCCUAAAGAGAGGGCAACAGAGGGCAUCGCCAUGGAGAUUGACUACUCUUCAUGCAAGAGGCUGGGCUUCAGUUACAGGGCUCUACCCAAAAGCUACCAGCAGCCAAAAUGCACAGGGAGAACUCCACUCUGCAAAGAGGUGCUGAAUGACACGUGGGUGUCUUUCCCUUCGUGGUCAGAGGACUCUACCUUUGUCAGUUCUAAAAAGACACAGUAUGAGGAGCAUAUUUACAGAUGUGAGGAUGAGCGCUUUGAGUUGGAUGUUGUUCUGGAAACAAACUUAGCCACUAUCCGGGUGCUGGAGACGGUUCAGAAGAAGCUCUCUCGUAUGUCUGCUGAGGAGCAGGCAAAAUUCCGACUAGACAACACAUUGGGAGGCACCUCUGAGAUCAUCCACCGCAAGGCUAUCCAGAGGAUAUACGGAGACAAGGCCAUGGAUAUCAUCGAUGGAUUGAAGAAGAAUCCUGCUGUCUCUGUGCCUAUAGUACUAAAGAGGUUAAAGCUGAAAGAGGAGGAAUGGAGAGAAGCACAGCGAGGUUUCAAUAAGAUCUGGCGCGAGCAGAAUGAGAAGUAUUAUCUAAAGUCCCUGGACCACCAAGGCAUCAACUUCAAACAAAAUGACACCAAGGUGCUGCGCUCCAAAACCCUCCUCAAUGAGAUUGAGAGCAUCUAUGAUGAGAGGCAAGAACAGGCUUCAGAGGAGAACGGGACGCCACCUAGUGGUCCCCAUCUCACCUUCACCUAUGAGGACCGGCAUAUACUGGAGGAUGCUGCCGCCCUCAUCAUCCACCACGUGAAACGACAGACCAGCAUCCAGAAAGAGGACAAGUACAAGAUCAAGCAGAUCAUCUACCACUUCAUCCCCGACAUGCUCUUCUCCCAGAGGGGAGCGCUGUCAGACGCGGAGGAAGAAGAAGACGAAGAGGACAUGGAGCUGGACGAAGGUGGCUCCAAGAAGCACAAUGGUUUGGCGGAGGCUGGCAGCGCUGGAAGCCCCCCUAAGUCCAAACUCCUCUUCAGUAACUCUGCCGCCCAGAAGCUGCGCACGUGUGACGAGGCCUACAACUUAUUCUUUGUUAACAACAACUGGUACAUCUUCCUGCGGCUGCACCAUACGCUGUGCUCGCGCCUCCUCCGGCUCUACGCCCAGGCCGAGCGGCAAAUCGAGGAGGACAUAAGAGAGCGUGACUGGGAGAGGGAGGUUCUCGGGCUCAAACGGGACAAAAAUGACAACCCCGCCAUCCAGCUGCGACUGAAGGAGCCCAUGGACAUUGACGUAGAAGACUACUACUCAGCUUUUCUGGAGAUGGUGCGCAACCUGCUUGAUGGAAACAUGGAGGCAUCUCAAUAUGAGGACUCUCUGAGAGAAAUGUUCACCAUCCACGCCUAUAUCGCCUUCACCAUGGACAAACUCAUCCAGAGCAUCGUCCGGCAGCUGCAGCACAUAGUGAGUGAUGAGAUCUGCGUGCAGGUGACGGAUCUCUAUCUGUCUGAGAGCAGUAGUGGUUCUACAGGCGGAACACUCUCAACUCAGUCCUCCAGAACCACUGCUGAAACAGCCUAUCAGCGCAAAGCAGAGCAGCUCAUGUCUGAUGAGAACUGCUUCAAACUGCUGUUUAUGAAAAGUCGAGAAAAUGUACAGCUGACUAUUGAGCUGCUGGACACAGAAGAAGAGAACUCUGAUGAGCCUGUGGAGGCAGAGCGCUGGUCAGACUAUGUGGGCAGGUAUCUGACUCCUGAUGUGACGUCUCCAGAGCUAAGAGAACACCUGGCACAGAAGCCUGUUUUCUUGCCAAGAAACUUGCGGAGAAUCCGGAAGUGCCAGCGGGGACGGGAGCAGCAGGAGAAAGAAGUGAAGGAAGGCGGGAAGAAGGAGAAUCCAGAAAACAUGAAAAUGGAGUGCAUGUUCAAGCUUAACUCUUACAAAAUGGUUUACGUGUUCAAGUCUGAGGACUACAUGUACAGACGCACAGCACUGCUACGAGCUCACCAGUCCCAUGAGCGGGUGAGCACACGGCUGCACCAGCGCUUCCAGGCCUGGGUGGACAGCUGGGUGAAGGAGCACGUCACCAGAGAAAUGGCUUCUGAUACCACCAAGUGGCUGAUGGGAGAGGAGCGCGAAGGGUUCAUCCCCUGCAAGACGACCUGUCACCACGAGACGCUCCACUUCAGAAACAUCAACAAGUACAGAGUCAAUUACAACAGCAGCUACAAAACCCCGUGACCCCCGAGCAGCACACGGGGGGAGGGGGUUCUCGGUAAUGGGAGGAUGCGGUAGAGAUAGUGGGCAGGGAUGGAAAGAGGACUUAUCAACAACUUUCUAAGGAUGACAUGACUGCACAAAGCUAAGCCUCAAAGCUCUCAUGUCACACCAGUGGCGGCUGGCAUACGUCUCAGUUUUUAACAGCGUUUUUAGCUGUACCUGUGCCCGCACAUCCCUCAGUGCCAAACAGUGGGAGGAAAGACCUGUUCGUCAAACAGUUAGCACAGUCCGCACAGUCUGCACAGUCCACAUUCCCAGAGUAAUCUGGAACCAGCCACAAUUCUGAAGUUCUCAUUCCCACGAGGCUGUGACGGGCUGGACUCUGGACAAGCCCGGCUGUGGUGCGGAAGUUUGACUGGGCAGGUCAACAGGCAUUAAUGUACUACUGUAUGUACAGGUCAUAAGGCUGUGUAAUAAGGUGAGAAAACAAUAUGACCUUUACCUGGAUGAUGCCAGGUUAGGUUUUAUAGUCCUUUUCAAUGAAUGGGCACUACUCUUAGUUUAGAGUUAUUUGUUUGCUUGUUUUUUAUUCAGAAUGGACCAGCUUUUCAAGAACAGAUCAGUAGCAUCAAACUAGCGUUCUUGCUUUGGAGAUAAGUGCACUUAACUUUGCAGAGAUAACCAAUUAGUUAUCCAGCCAAAGUGUAGGAAACUCAAGCGGCACCAUCAUUAGAAUAAGCUAAACUACUUUCCCGUUCUGAAGUCCAAUGAACAAACUCUAAGAGUACAAUCUUUUUAUUUCAAAGCAAAAAAAAAACAGAGAGAAAAAUACAACUAAAUAGAUAUCUUCAACAGAAGAGACAGCAAUAAAGAUCCCACAGUACUGUGGAGUGUACAACAGAAAGCACUGAUGCGUUCAACAGAAGAAUGAAUGAGCUUCCAGACGCUCACACUCUGUAUAAUUGUAUAUGUUUUGAAUGUCAGAACGUGACAUGACCACAGUUUGUGCUGGCCGCCCUGGCUGCAAGCCUUACAAAGUUGCUGGCAAAGCCCAAUGCCAAUACACCAGCUAGUGAGCGCACAUACACUCACACACGCAUACAGACAUACACACACACACACACACACACACACACACACACACACACACACACACAAGCAAACACACAGCUGAUCAACAAUGGACUAUCCACACACCUACACAGAACACAGUUCACUAUUUGUAAAUAAACUGUACAUAUUUCCAAACCUUUUUUUAUGACAGAGACCUGUGUUGUUGUGCUAGUGAAACUUUACAGGCUUACUGUGGACUUUAGAGAGAAGAGACUGCUAAAGUUAGCGAGAAACGGGGAGUGGAGAUGGGUGGGAGAAUGGACACAAGCAAGAUGACAAGUUUAUUACAGUUUUUACCAAAGGGAGUUGAUUAUAAUGAUAGCUGUUUCUUUCUGUUUUCUUUCUUUUUUUCCUUUUUUUCUUUCUUUCUACUUUGUGUGUUUACUCUUCCUUUUUUGUCUUUUUUAAUAGUAAAGCAUUGUUCAUUUUGGAAAAGUAGAAAUGUAUCCAGGUUCUUGUUUUUGAAACGUUUUUAUAAGAAAAAGAAAAAAAAAGAAGAAAAAACUAAACAGCGUUUUAAUUUUUUGGACUUUUCGAUUGGGCUCAUUUCAGCACACAUUUUGAUCACUGCCCAUUUGCAUAUGCAUCCAGUUCUCUAGUCUGAACACUGAGGAAGCCACUCGGUCAAACUCGCACUGUCCUCGGCUAGCCGAGAAGGCCUGCGAAUGUAAUGUGUCUCGUUCGUUGUGUGAGGAUUCUCUUCUUCACCCUGGAUAGAUUUCUGCUGGACAAGAAUAUGAAUAUAUAUAAAUAUAUAUAUAGAUCUAUACAUUUUAAAAAUGAAAGUCACAAAGCAUGUCUUUUUUCUGUGGAUCAUCAUAGCCCCUUUAUUUCGAUAUUAUUUAAGAAAAUAAAAAUGACAUUUGUAGCA